AUGAACAUUAUUGUUGACGAUAAAUUUAUCUCAACACAGUUAAAGCAGUUUUGGGAAUUAGAAGCACUGGAAAUUGAACAUGGGAAGGAAAGUAGUGAAAUACAUAAUGAUAUUUUAGAGAAUUUUGACAGAACUAUCAAAUUUAAAGAAAAGCGAUAUGAGGUUAAAUUCCAAUGGAAUGAAAAUUCGUCUGAAUUAAAAAUGAAUUACGUAAAUGCAGAAGCUCGCCUUAAUAAACUGGUUAAAAGGUUGGCAAAUGAUCCACUACUUCAUAAGCAGUAUCAGUCAGUUAUAAAACAGCAUUUAAAAAUGAAUAUAGCUGAGGAAAUUAAUCAAAGUUCUGAAGAAACAGGAAGAAUUUAUUACAUGCCUCAUCAGCCAGUUACUCGACCUGAUAAACCCUUAAGAAUUUUAUUUGAUGCAUUCAGCCAUUCGGAAAACGAAUAUUCUUUAAAUGAUUGUCUCUAUUUCGGUCCUAAUUUAAAUUCACCGUUGUUAAAGAUAUUAAUGCAGUUUCGUACACAUAAUAUAGUACUUACUGCUAACAUAGAAUACACCUUUCUCCAAAUUUCUCUGUCACCUGAAGACAGGGAUGCUGAAAAAUUUUUGCGGGCAAAUGACCUUACAGAUAAAGACGGAAAACCUAACACGAAA